AUGCAUCCCCUCCGAGCCCUCCUGCUCACCUCGAGUCUGGCUCUCGCCCACGCCAGCGUCCUACCAAUCACCCCCAAACAAGGCCUCAAAGUCAUCUCCAAACGAGCAGAGCCCGACACCGGCGAGGACUUCCCCGAAGACGAAACCCCCCUCCCCAACCGUCUCAACAAAGUCGAAACCGCCUUCCGCGACGCCAUCGAGCUCACCUCCGUCGUCCUCUCUGUCAUUGAAACCGACAAGACCAUCUAUCAGCACUACUUCUCCCCAGAUGAUCGUGAAGAAAUCACCCGCAUCUUCCGCGACUUGAACAACAACGGCGAGGGCCAUGAAAUGCUAGGGAAUUUCCUCGUGCAGACUACUGAUCUUGACAAUGCUUGUGGCGACCGUGGACUGGCAUACUCGGGUGACUAUAAUACUGAUCGCCCUUUCAUCGUGAUCUGUCCUCGGGCGUUUAACAAGAAGGCGAUUAAUGACUUGGAAGGGAAAGACCGUGGAGAUGAGGACGCGGGGGACUUUUAUGCGGGUUGUGCGGAGGAUGGGGGGGAUAUUGGGGAUCACGUUAGCUUUCACUUCAACACUCUUGGCAUGACGCUCUUGCAUGAGUACCUGCACUAUGACCUGAUCAUCGGGGCUUCCUUUGGGUCUAUUGUUGACGACCCUGAUGGACAGCCAGGUUAUGGGCCUGUUGUUAUUUAUGAUCGGUUGCCUAAGGAGUUGGCGAGGGAGGUGUACUGGUCUUUGAUCUGCCAGAAGGAGUUCCAGGCCCCGCGUGAGGGUGUUGAUGAUGCCGAUCCUGAUUGCGGUGACCUACCCCUGGAAGCUUUCAAGCGAUAA